UGAAGCCACCCCCCCGCUCCGCUCCUCCGGUCCGGCUGUCUCCUUCCAAUCGGCAUGGGCUGUCCUUUCUCCUUCCCUCCCUCCUCUCCCCUCCUUCCAUCCGAUCUUCCAGUGAGUCCCCGGGGACAAAGUGUGGGAAGUGCGAGUUUCCGCUCCGUUUGUCUGUCCCCGGCCGCCUCCCCCGCCUUGCUCUGCAAGCCCAGAGAGCAGCAGCCCAGGCAGAGGCAGCAGGAGGGUCGCAGGGAGCGAGAGCAGACCGCCGAUCCUGCCUACCCUUGGCGGGGGCUGCAGCAGCAGCGGCAAGCCAUGGAGUCACCGGGCUGCGCUGCCAGUGAGGAACUUUCGGCUUUGACCCGAUCCUUCCAGACGGAGAAGCUGCUGCUGCUGGCCCCUGAGCUCUCGCCUUUCGCUGUGCAGCAGCCGUCGAGCCAGACUCGGGCAGCGCGUCCCAAUAGGCAGCGGAGGAGCCCGGUCUACAGCCGCUGCGCAGGAGAGGGGGAUGCCGGAGAGACGCCGAGGGAGCGGCGGAAGCAGACCGCAGCUCGCCCUAGCGGGAUGGAGCCACUGCCGCCGCCGUUGUCGCGCAGGGUCCGCCCGCUGGAGCUGCUGCUCGUCUGCUGCUCCUUGGUUCUGCUCCCUCCUGCAGUAGAGCCCAUCUGCCCGGAGCCAUGCGACUGCCAGCAACAGCAGCACCUCCUCUGCACCAACCGGGGGCUGCGGGCAGUGCCCAAGGCCGUCGAGCCGCAGGACAUCCUCACCUACAGCCUGGGCGGGAACUUCAUCGCCAACAUCUCCGCCUUCGACUUCCACCGCUUGGUGGCGCUGCAGCGCCUAGACUUGCAGUACAACCGGAUCCGCACGCUUCACCCCAAGGCCUUCGAACGCCUGGCGCGCCUCGAGGAGCUUUACCUGGGCAACAACCUGUUGACUGCCUUGGCCCCGGGCACGCUCCGCCCCCUGGUCAAGCUGCGCAUCCUCUAUGUGAAUGCCAAUGAGAUUAAUUAUCUGAAUUCAGUGUCUUUCGCUGGCCUGAGCAGUCUGGUCAAGCUGCGGCUGGACGGCAACGCUCUGGGCUCGCUGGGCGAUGCCACUUUCUCAGGGCUGACCAAUUUGCUCUACUUGCACUUGGAGGCCAAUCGCAUCCGCUGGCUGAGCCGCAAUGCUUUUGCCGGCCUGGGGAAACUCCGCUUUCUCGACCUGUCUGGGAACCAGCAGAAUUCGUUGCGCCAUGCAGACACCUUCAGGCCUAUGCACUUGCUCAACACUCUCUUUCUCUCCGGCAACAACCUGCAGCAGCUGGGAAACGGCCUCUUCCAACACUUGUCCAGCUUGGCCAAGCUGUCGCUGAGUGGGAACCGCCUGGCUUGGCUGGCACCAGAGGCCUUCACAGGUCUGGGGGCCCUCAAGGAGAUGCGGCUGGAAGGAAACCUGCUGACCCAGCUGCCGGCCACCCUCCUGCAGCCACUGCAAAGCCUAGAGGUGCUGGACCUGAGCCACAACUUGCUAGCUGCUCUCCACCCUGCUGCCUUUGGCCACCUGCACAAGCUGCGGGAGCUCAGCUUACAGGAAAAUGGUCUGACCACUAUGUCUGGGGACCUCUUUGCCUCCAGCCCAGCUCUCUACCGCCUCGAUCUUGACGGGAACGCCUGGAACUGUGACUGCCGCCUGCGGGGCUUGAAGCACUGGCUGGGCUCCUGGCAUUCCCAGGGGCGGCUCCUCACCGUGUUUGUGCAAUGCCGCCAGCCGCCUGCCUUGGCUGGGAAGUACCUUGAUUACUUGGAGGAUGCACAGCUCCUACCUCCUCUCAAUGGCUCUUCUUGCUCUGGAGGGGCUGCCUCUCCUUCUCCCCCACCCCCUAGAGGCAACAGCAGCUACAGCCCAGGCCUAGCACAGGGAAAGCUUAGCUCCCCACCCUCUGCCUCCACCAUUCAGCUGGUAGGCUCCCAGAAGACGUUAGCUCCAGAAAGAGAGAGCUGGGCAGGUGACACAAGUGCGACAACUUCAGCAUCCCGCUUACUGUUCAGUACUAGGCCACCUUCUCUCCCAGGUGCUGCUUGGCCUAGGCGGGCAGGGAAACACCACUUGGUCUCUUCAGUGUCUGGCAUUCCCCCGCUAGUCACUGACCCCUGUGAUUUUAACACCUUGUUUCUUUACAACCUGUCAGUAGAUGCCGUCAGCGCCAGUGCAGUGACUGUGCGCUGGGGGGUCCGCCCGCAUCGCAGCCCUCGUCUUCUCGGGCCGGUGCGCUUCAGAAUCCUUUUUGAUCGCUUCGGAGCAGCUGUCAAGUUCCAGCGUUAUGUGUAUCUUCCCGACUGGAGUGAACCAACGGCCACCCUCCAGGAGCUGCGCCCAGAUACCCCUUACCUGGUCUGCGUGGAGGGAGUGAUUGGGGGCCGUGUCUGUCCAGUGGCUCCACGAGACCAUUGUGCAGGGCUGGUCACCUUGCCAGAAGAGGGUGCAGGUACAGGUGCAGCUGCUGCUGUGGCAGGUGGGGCCCAAAGCCUGGACCAUCAGCUCCUCACCCUGGUGCUGCUAGCGGUGAACGCGCUGCUGCUUUUUCUGGCCCUGGCAGCCUGGGCCUCCCGCCUGGUGCGGAAGAAGGUGCUGGGGUGCCGGCGGCGGAAGACAGCAUCGCCGGUACACAUCAGGCAGAUGUAUUCAACCCGCCGGCCCCUACGCUCCAUGGGCACGGGUGUCUCUGCAGACUUUUCUGGUUUCCAGUCCCACCGACCACCCCGCAGCACCGUCUGUGCCUUAAGUGAGGCUGACCUCAUUGAGUUCCCCUGUGAGCGCUUCAUGGACAGUGGUGGUGGAGGAAGCAGCAGUGCCCAGCGCGGAGACGAUCAUCUGCUGCAACGGUUUGCAGAUUAGAAGCGUGGCCUGAUCAGAGGUUACAAGGUGCAGCCUUCCCUUAUGCUGGAAUUACAGGGCUCCUGAUGUCAUAACUUAGCAAUGUCUGCUGGGAACCAUUGAUACUUCUUGGCUGCAGGCCUGCCACUGAACAAAAAUGGCAGCUCAUCAGCCAAAUGAGGAAUGGCUCUAAAAUAGGAUAUGCUCUGAAAUGCAACUAAGGCUCCCUUGAAAUGUUUGCUGAAGGUUGUAUUUGCUUAAGUGGUCCUACAGCAGGGUUGCACCACUGUUCUUUCAAGGCACCAGUGCUCUUUACUGUAAGUGGGUGGGCACUGGGUCUUGUUCAUGGUCAGAUACCAAUAUUAGGCAGGUCUUUGUGGGAUGGUGUCUUUUUAAAAAAAGUUUUCCAAUAAUCUUUUCCUCACAGAGUCUGGUGGUGGUUGUUUUCUAACUGUUUGUAAUUAUCCUUAACCUGAGGAUAUAACUCUGUAACUAAUUAUAAUUGUUCUUGGCCAGGAAAGGAGCUGGAAUAAUGAGAGUGAAAUGAAAAAGAAAGUGGUGCUCUGUGUGUGUGUGUGUGUGUGUGUGUGUGUGUGUGUGUGUGUGUGUUCUUAGCUGAACUGGUUUCUGUGCCAUUUGGGUUUUCUUUAACUCUCAUCUCACACCAUUUUAAGUGCCAUUUCCAUCAGCUAAUGCAAGGUCAAGUCCUAAAGGCUUUUCCUCCACAGAACUAAACUUAGAUAUUACCUUCCCAUGUGAACACCACAGAAAGCUGUUUUCUGGCCCUCCAUGCAGAAGCAGUCCAAUAAAUUCUCAUCCUUUAUGCCACUGAAUCACAGAGAGCCUAUGUAUAUCACUGCUGCCUCCUCCAGGCAUAUGCUUGCACUGCUGUGCAUAUAUUGUAUGCAUUUGGAGCAGCAGAGAGGGCAAGGAUAGUUGAAAUACAGUAUUAUACUUCUUCAUGGAGUCGCACCACAGGAAUGGACUGAUCAGUAGCACUCACAAGAGAAACAAUAAUUGCCAUGCCUUCUUUGCAGGAAAUGAAAAUCAAUGCAAUUUCAGAUACUGACUUUAAUUAUUGCAUCAGAAUGCAUAAUCCUGCAUUCUUUAUUUAAGAAGAGCUAGGUUUGCCACUCAAAUAAUGUGAAUACAAAUUACUAUUAUGGCACGGACGUUUCUUGAACUUUUAAUAUUGAACACUGACUUUUUAAGCACAUCAUGUCUGUUUGCCUAAAACAUUUCCCCCCCCAAGAACUGCCUUGGAAAUGAAUGUUAAUGUGUGAGUAAUUUGGAGAAGUUAGAAUGAUGCAUUUUAUAUUGACCAGCCUUUUUAAAAAAUCAAAUUAAUGCAAGAUGUUUUUAAUGUGUGUUUAUAUAACUAUGCAAAAGAUGGAUGCUACCAGUUUUGGUCCUGCGUGGCUAAAUUGCUAACACCACUAGGAAAAACUAACUCAAGUUUAUUAUAAUUUGUUUAGAAUGAAUUAUUUUUACAAUGGUCUUGAAUAAACACUUUUUGGUACUUC